GUGGUGACGCCUGGUGGGAAAGUGAGCCGAGGCAGCGCGGAGCCCGCGGACCCCCGCGACCCCCCGGCGGCCGCAGCAUGAAGUGGCGCAGCGAUGGCCAGGAGAGGUAAGAAGCCGGUGGUGCGGACGCUGGAAGAUCUGACGCUGGACUCGGGUUAUGGUGGCGCGGCGGACUCAGUGCGCUCCUCCAACUUGUCCCUGUGUUGCUCCGACUCGCACCCGGCGUCCCCGUAUGGCGGGAGCGGCUGGCCGCCUCUAGCUGACUCCAUGCACAGCCGGCACAACAGCUUUGACACGGUCAACACUGCCCUGGUGGAAGACUCCGAGGGGCUGGACUGCGCCGGCCAGCACUGCUCGCGGCUGCUGCCGGACCUCGACGAGGUCCCCUGGACCCUCCAGGAGCUGGAGGCGCUGCUCCUGCGUUCUCGGGACCCCCGGGCAGGUCCAGCGCCCCCCGGCAGCCUGCCCAAGGACGCGCUGGCCAAGCUCUCGAUGCUGGUGAGCCGGGCGCUGGUGCGCAUUGCCAAAGAGGCGCAGCGCCUGAGCCUGCGCUUCGCCAAGUGCACCAAGUAUGAGAUCCAGAGCGCCAUGGAGAUCGUGCUGUCCUGGAGCCUGGCUGCGCACUGCACGGCGGCCGCCCUGGCCGCCCUGUCCCUCUAUAACAUGAGCAGCGCCGGCGGCGACCGCCUGGGCCGAGGGAAGUCGGCGCGCUGCGGCCUCACCUUCUCCGUGGGCCGCGUGUACCGCUGGAUGGUGGACAGCCGCGUGGCGCUGCGCAUCCACGAGCACGCAGCCAUCUACCUGACCGCCUGCAUGGAGAGCCUCUUCCGGGACAUCUACUCCCGAGUGGUGGCCUCCGGGCUACCCCGUAGCUGCAGUGGCCCCGGCUCGGGCUCCGGGUCCAGCUCCGGCCCAGGCCCCAGCUCAGGCCCCGGUUCGGCCCCCGCGGCGGCGGAGAAAGAGCGCGAGGCGCCGGGCGGGGGCGCGGCGAGCGGCGGCGCCUGCAGCGCAGCCAGCAGCGCCAGCGGGGGCAGCGGCUGUUGCGCCCCGCCCGCCACGGGGGCCCCGGCAGUCCCUCCGGCCACCGCCACCGCCAACCACCACCACCAUCACCACGCGCUCCACGAAGCGCCCAAGUUCACCGUGGAGACCCUGGAGCACACGGUCAACAACGACUCCGAGAUCUGGGGGCUCCUGCAGCCCUACCAGCACCUCAUCUGCGGGAAGAACGCCAGCGGGGUGCUGUGCCUGCCGGACAGCUUGAAUCUCCACCGGGACCCCCAGCGGCCCAGCAAGCCAGGGGAGCUGCCCAUGUUCAGCCAGUCGGAGCUGAGGACCAUCGAGCAGUCCCUGCUGGCCACCCGGGUGGGCAGCAUCGCCGAGCUGAGUGACUUGGUGUCUCGGGCCAUGCAUCACCUGCAGCCCCUCAAUGCCAAACACCAUGGCAACGGCACUCCCCUGCACCACAAGCAGGGGGCGCUAUACUGGGAGCCGGAGGCCCUGUACACCCUCUGCUACUUCAUGCACUGCCCCCAGAUGGAGUGGGAGAACCCCAACGUGGAGCCGUCCAAAGUCAACCUCCAGGUGGAAAGGCCCUUCCUCGUGCUGCCCCCGCUGAUGGAGUGGAUCCGGGUGGCCGUGGCGCACGCCGGCCACCGCCGCAGCUUCUCCAUGGACAGCGACGACGUCCGCCAGGCCGCGCGGCUGCUGCUGCCCGGCGUGGACUGCGAGCCGCGCCAGCUCAGGGCCGAUGACUGCUUUUGCGCCUCACGGAAGCUGGAUGCCGUGGCCAUUGAAGCCAAAUUUAAGCAGGACCUGGGCUUCCGGAUGCUGAACUGUGGGCGGACGGACCUGGUGAAGCAAGCCGUGUCCCUGCUGGGGCCUGACGGAAUCAACACCAUGAGUGAACAGGGCAUGACCCCCCUGAUGUACGCCUGCGUCCGUGGGGACGAGGCGAUGGUGCAGAUGCUGCUGGAUGCCGGAGCUGACCUGAAUGUGGAGGUUGUCAGUACUCCUCAUAAAUAUCCAUCCGUCCACCCCGAGACCCGCCAUUGGACGGCUCUGACUUUUGCCGUGUUGCAUGGACAUAUUCCUGUAGUUCAGCUCCUCCUGGAUGCCGGGGCCAAGGUGGAAGGCUCGGUCGAGCAUGGCGAGGAGAACUACUCAGAGACGCCCCUCCAGCUUGCCGCUGCUGUAGGAAAUUUUGAGCUGGUUAGUUUGCUGUUGGAGCGUGGUGCGGAUCCCCUAAUAGGAACCAUGUACAGGAAUGGAAUUUCUACCACCCCCCAGGGUGACAUGAACUCUUUCAGCCAGGCUGCAGCCCAUGGACACAGGAAUGUGUUCCGCAAACUGCUCGCUCAGCCAGAGAAGGAGAAGAGCGAUAUCCUGUCCCUGGAGGAGAUUCUGGCUGAGGGGACUGACCUGGCAGAGACAGCCCCGCCCCCCCUGUGUGCCAGCCGAAACAGCAAAGCCAAACUGAGGGCCCUGAGGGAGGCCAUGUAUCACAGCGCAGAGCAUGGCUACGUGGAUGUCACAAUUGAUAUCAGGAGCAUAGGUGUCCCGUGGACUCUGCACACGUGGCUCGAGUCUCUGCGGAUCGCCUUCCAGCAGCACCGCAGGCCGCUCAUCCAGUGCCUGCUCAAGGAGUUCAAGACCAUCCAAGAGGAGGAGUACACAGAGGAACUCAUCACCCAAGGCCUGCCCCUCAUGUUUGAGAUCCUGAAAGCAAGCAAGAACGAGGUGAUCAGCCAGCAGCUGUGCGUCAUCUUCACGCACUGCUACGGGCCCUACCCCAUCCCCAAGCUCACGGAGAUCAAGCGGAAGCAGACCUCUCGCCUGGAUCCGCAUUUUCUUAACAAUAAAGAAAUGUCCGACGUCACGUUCCUGGUGGAAGGAAGACCGUUUUAUGCUCACAAAGUGCUGUUGUUUACGGCCUCUCCACGGUUCAAAGCUCUCCUCUCCAGCAAGCCCACCAACGACAGCACCUGCAUAGAGAUCGGUUACGUGAAGUACCCCAUCUUUCAGCUGGUCAUGCAGUAUCUCUACUACGGUGGCCCAGAGUCGCUUCUUAUUAAAAACAAUGAGAUCAUGGAGCUCCUGUCCGCUGCCAAGUUUUUCCAGCUGGAGGCCCUGCAGCGACACUGCGAGAUUAUCUGUGCAAAGAGCAUCAAUACUGACAACUGUGUGGAUAUUUACAACCAUGCCAAGUUCCUUGGAGUCACCGAGCUCUCCUCGUACUGUGAAGGUUACUUCCUCAAAAACAUGAUGGUCCUCAUCGAGAACGAAGCGUUCAAACAGCUCCUCUACGACAAGAACGGAGAAGGGACGGGCCAGGAUGUGCUCCAGGACUUGCAGAGGACGUUGGCCAUCAGGAUUCAGUCCAUCCACCUGUCCUCCUCCAAAGGCUCCGUGGUAUGAGACGCCCAGCCUGGCGGAUGCUUCCUGGGAACGCCGUCCCAUUCUCCUGCCACGUUGGCGUCACACCAGUGGCAAUCCCUCCUUGGCAUCUGUUUCGGGAGGUGGGCCGAGGAGCUGCCUCUACUGCCUCAGCAUCUCUCGGAUCAGCAAACUCGGCUCCCAGGGGCUCCUGCACAAGGUCAAGGACAUUUUUGUCUGCAGAAACUGAGUCCAGCGCUUGAAGUCGACACUGGACAGUCAAACCAACUCCAAUAGGAAGCAUCUAGGUUCAGGGACAUGCUCGGCUGAGGGGUCACCAUCCAACCGGUGGACCGAGGCCCAAAAGUCCCCAGGUGACCAUUGGAGAGACUGAGGACCCGGAAGAGAGUCCCAGGACCCAUGACUGGUUUGGUGACUUCAAUUGUGCAAGUGUCAGUCAGUCCUGGGAGUUAAUUGGCCAGGCGCUUACCCAUAAGGAGGAAAUCCUUUGGCCAAUUUUUAGGGGUGGGAACUUUUUAAAAUAUUCAUAAUAGAACAACAGCAACAAAAGACACAGGGCAGUCUUGUAGUCUAAAAGGUGUUUCUAAAAGCUUCAUGGUUCAUUUUCAACUGAAUUGUGUUUAGAAAUCUGUGGGGUUUUUUUGAGGUUAUUUUGUGUUUGGUUGUUUUUUUAAACCAUCAAGUCACGGGUCCAUCUAUGUAGUAGACAUACAUCCGACAAAUUCCUGCUGAUAUUCAAGAUGAAAUAAUCCUGCCUUAGCAAUCACAGUUAUACAAAAGAGGUGCACUGCCAAUAAUUAUCUCUUAUCCAAUAGUUGAAAACAAUUUGCAUGCUCAUUGGGGUGUGAAGAAAGCACCCUAAAUAAUCAAACACACAUUUGCAUGGGGCCGAACUUGGACGAUUGUUAAGUUUGUGCUUCAUUUUUUUUUUAAUUUCUUUUGCCAAGAUCCAAAUGUUCCAUCACUUCUUGGUAAAGGUGCAUUUGGGAAAAACAAAUGUAUUCCUUUUCUUUUCCUAAUUAGGAAUGACUUUUGGAUGCUUUUACAGAAUGUGUGCAUAGCGGAUUCUGAGGGGGGGAGGGGAGGGGAGAGCACGUCAGAAUUUCCUAUUAAUCCCAGAGUUUUCUCAGUAUUCUCAGAAGAUGUGAAUAAUUUGUUACUAGCCAGAGAAGAUGAUCGCGUUAGAAUAUUUUUAAAGCAAAAUAUGUAUGAUAGGAAGGAGACUUUGUGUAUUCUGCGGUGUACAGCACAGGGUUAUCUAUAAUGAAAGCUUUUAUUGACAGGGCUCUCUUUGCUCUGCCAUAUAUUAUAUAUUAUAUAUUAUAUAUAUAAGCAAAAGAGAUUGGUGAAGUGCCACAAUAUUCCAAAUAAUUCCUGAGUUGGCAGCCUUUUUUUUUUUUCUGUUUUCCUUCCUGCCUUUUCACUUGAAACCUAGAUACAGUCUGUGAAAAGCAGGAGAAAGACUUUUUACUCUGUGAGAAGACAAGGUUUGGUUGGUAACUCUUUAUUUCCUAGCAUGCCUUUGGGAAGUUGUACCAGACCCUAUACCUUCCUAGCUCUCGCUGGGAGGACUGGUGUCAAGCCCUAGAGUCUGGAGUCUCCUCUGAGAUGUGGAUCCACGUGGCCUCUUCCACGUGGGCAUCUGCACACCUCCCUCCCCCAGCCCACUGUCCAAGGAGGAAAGCUACCACUGCGGGAGGAGGCCGAGUUACAGACACAUAGCAUGUAGCCUGCCUGUCGCCAGCGUCUUCAGAGACUCUGUGUGGAUUGGAUGGCCUCCCCCUCCCCCACACUUGCCAACCUCAGCCGACUUCUCCGUGAAUGUCUCCUGCUAGCUUGGGGCCUUCCAAGCAUUUGAUCUGUGUGUUGGCAACUCCCACCCAGGGCCUCUUACAGUUUGGUGUGCUUUCUCUGUCAUUAAAAGAAAUAAUUUUCCCAA